CUUAAACUGUGUGGCGCUUCACGGCAGGAUCGCACCCCUCCCGUCUCGUCUGUCGACAGCAGAUCUUCCUCCAGCCUCUUUAAACUGCUCUCACCUCCACUCGAACGACAUUUCGGGGGUUCUGUCUGUAGCUGUCCAUCCUUACACGCCUCAUAUCUGCCUGCGUGUUUCGGAGCAUAUUUAUUUUUCUGUCGGAGCGUUUGGAGCCAAAGCCGAACACAGACGGAGCUGUGUUUCAGGCUACUUCAGUGGGCGGAUAAAGCGGAGGAGGGCAUCCGGGCCUGGCAGCUCCGGAGAGUCGGCGUGAAACGACGGAAUUAACCAUUUUCAGGCUGUGCACCGCCCAGCUAUGGAGAAGAUGAAGAGGAUUAAGAAGCGUCUGUCGUUAACACUCCGCUCCAGUCAGACCAUCGAUGAGUCCCUGUCCGAACUGGCCGAGCAGAUGACCAUCGAGGACGGCGGCACUAAGGACAACGAGCCCUUCAUGAGGAAUGGCCGCCCCCCCACCUCCCACAGCAUGCACUCUUUCCUGCACCAGUACACCGGCUCCUUCAAGAAGCCCCCGCUCCGCCGGCCGCACAGCGUCAUCGGCGGCACCCUGGGGUCCUUCAUGGCAAUGCCACGCAAUGGCAGUCGUCUGGACAUUGUACAUGAGAACCUGAAGAUGGGGUCAGACGGGGAGAGCGACCAGGCGUCAGGAACAUCAUCAGACGAGGUUCAGUCUCCAACUGGCGUCUGUCUGAGGAACCGAGUCCACCGGCGGAUCUCCAUGGAGGACCUCAACAAGCGUCUGUCGCUGCCCGCUGACAUCAGAAUUCCUGACGGUUACCUGGAGAAGCUGCAGCUCAGCAGCCCGCCGUUCGACCAGCCGCUCAGCCGACGCUCCCGCCGAGCUUCGCUGUCGGAGAUUGGUUUUGGGAAGUUGGAGACGUACAUUAAGCUGGACAAGCUGGGAGAGGGAACCUACGCCACAGUGUUCAAAGGACGCAGUAAACUCACAGAGAAUCUGGUGGCGUUGAAGGAGAUCAGGUUGGAGCACGAGGAGGGAGCGCCAUGCACUGCCAUCAGAGAAGUGUCGUUACUGAAGGACCUCAAACACGCCAACAUUGUGACGCUACACGACAUCGUUCACACUGACAAGAGCCUCACGCUCGUCUUCGAGUACUUGGAUAAGGAUCUGAAGCAGUACAUGGACGACUGUGGAAACAUAAUGAGCAUGCACAAUGUGAAGAUCUUCUUGUUCCAGAUAUUGCGAGGGUUGUCGUAUUGUCAUAAGAGGAAAGUUCUCCACAGGGACCUGAAGCCCCAGAACCUCCUAAUCAAUGAGAGAGGAGAACUCAAACUGGCUGAUUUUGGUCUGGCGAGGGCAAAGUCUGUCCCAACUAAAACCUACUCAAACGAGGUGGUGACUCUGUGGUACCGGCCCCCUGAUGUUCUGCUGGGAUCUUCUGAGUAUUCAACACAGAUCGACAUGUGGGGUGUGGGUUGCAUAUUCUAUGAGAUGGCUGCAGGUCGGCCGCUAUUCCCUGGCUCCACUGUGGAGGACGAACUCCACCUCAUCUUCAGGUUACUGGGCACACCCACAGAGGAGAAGUGGCCGGGAAUCUCCUCCAUCGAAGAGUUCAAAUCCUACAAUUUCCCCAAAUAUAAGCCACAGCCACUCAUCAACCACGCUCCCAGGCUGGACAGUGAAGGCAUCGAGCUGCUGCUGGCUUUUCUCAGAUAUGAAUCCAAGAAGAGGAUUUCAGCCGAUGAGGCCAUGAAACAUUCCUACUUCAGGCAGCUGGGCAUGAGAGUCCACACACUGCCGGAGAGUGUCUCACUAUUCACAUUAAAAGAAGUGCAGCUGCAGAAAGACCCUGGCUACAGGAACUCCUCAUACCCAGAGUCAGGUAACGGCAAGAUCAACAGGAGGCAGAGCAUGCUUUUCUAACGCUCAGUGAAGAGGAUGGUCGAUUGCCCAACUUCAUCAUCACUUCCCACCAACCUCUCGCAUGAGCCCACCUCCCUUCAGAGUGACCCCACCCCCCUACCUGCACAUACACACACACACACACACACACACACACACACACACACACACACACACACACACA